AUGGCCGCCGCUGCUGUUCUGAAGGCCAGGGACGACAUUCGUCAGCCGGUCGAAGCAAUCGCUCCGACGCCUCGUCGCCGCGCCGACGCCGCAGACUGGGCGCCUCUCUCUCGACGCACGCUCUCAGCCCAGCUUACUCACCUCCCCGCCGUUUCCGAACACUCGACCUCGAAGACCUCGCACCCGAACCCGACUCCGCUCCGCUCGUCAAUCGCUUUCUCCCUCUCGCGCCUGCUCUCGCCUACGACCUUCGCGGAGUAUAUCUCGAGCGCGGGCGGCUUCGAGACCUUCCAGGACUACCUCACCGCCUUCUCAUCGCCUUACCUCGCCUCGCUGCACCUCUGGCGGGACCUGCACCAGCUCCGUUGCCUUACUGCCGAAGCGAGCGCGGGCGCAAGGGGCGUGAGGGACGUUUUCUUGACGCCUGGAGCAGAGCGCGACGUCGACUUGGAGAACGUCGAGCUGAGGGCGGCAGUUCAGGGUCUGCGCAAGAUCAUCGACACACGGAACGCGGUCGACCAGACCAGUCAGAAGCUGCUGGAACGUCUGUAUGCCAGCGAGUUCGAAGCGUUCGUCAAGCACCGACUGCUCUCGCAUGCCAAGCAGCAUCUUGAGAAGCGCAAGCUAGGCGCGGACAACGUCCCUGGACUCGGCGAAUCCUUCGUCCUCUCCAACCCUCGCCUGCACGACUGCCCGAUCGUUCUCGCCUCGCCCGCCUUCUGCACCUUGACCGGCUACUCGCGCGAGGAGAUCGUCGGACGAAACUGCCGGUUCUUGCAGGGCGAGGCGACUGCGCCGACGGACGUCUCCGCCAUUCGGACUGCAAUUGCGGAGCACAAGCCCAUCACGCAACUCCUGCUGAACUACGACAAGGCCGGCAACCCUUUCUUCAACCUUCUCUGUAUCCUCCCUCUCUUCGAUCCGUCCGGCGAACUCGCCUACUUUGUCGGCGGCCAGACGAACAUUACCGGCGCACUCACCGCUUCCUCCGGUCUCUCCCUCCUCUCGUCGCGCAAGGACACCUUCGACGCCGACUCGAUCUCGCACCUCUCGCUUGAUGCUGCCGAGUCUGCUGAUGAAUGGCUUCCACCCGUCGACCUAUCGAAGUUCUCGCCGGGUGUUCAGAACGCCGGAGCGAGGCCUGCCCCGCCGACUCGGACAACGAGCGAAACCUCGACCGUCUCGGGCGACGCUACGCCGCCCCUCGAGCCCGCUUCCUCGCCUGCCUUGCCUUCCAAUACGGAAGGCGAAGCGGCCAAGUCGAGCAAGUCGAAGCCCUCGCUCUUCACGAGCCCGUCUUUGAGCCACGUCUUCAAGUUCGGCGGCAACAAGCAAGCACACAGGCGGUCGAGCAGCUUCAACGGUGCGAUCGACAACCACCAGAGCCCGAAGAUGACGCGCCGCAUCGACGAGUUUGCAACCACCUAUGAGAAGGUCUGCGUCUUCCGCGCGGAGGGCCGCGCUAUCCAGCACGUCUCGUCAGCCUUCCUGCGAUUCUGCGGUCUGCCCGCUUCGACGCCGGCCGAGAUGAACGACUCUCCCCUCCUCGGCCUCGACCUGCUCGACCUCGUCAAGGGCGACUCGACCAGCUCGACAACCGACCUGCGCAAGGCCAUCAAGCGGACUGUCGAGGAGGGCAAGCCGGCGAGCCUGGCUUGCGGCGUCAAGGUGCCCGUCAAGUCGGGGUCGAUGCCGACCGCUACGGGAGUCCUUCACCUCUCUCCUAUGCAAGAUUACACGGGCAAGGUGAUUGCCUACAUCGCGAUAUUCGCCUAG